AUGACUAGUCUGGAGUUCAUCAUGGACAUGGUCGACGAAGAGGACGCCCCUCGGGUGGAUAAGAAUCGUGGAGGCUCCGUCCCUCCGGGGUCGUCUCGUAGUCACGAUCCUUCCCGUGCGGGAACGUCGAGCCACGAGAAGCUUAAAGACCAGGACGAUAGACUAGCUUCAGCCUCAACGAGACGCCGCGGCCCCUUAAGCCGUUCAUCCAAGCCCACCGUUACCGCGUCCUCUUCGUCGCCAUCCUUGUCCACGACAGCAACACCGCUAGCACCACCGCCCGCCUCGUCGUCUUCCACCCGGCCCGCCUCUGUUAGUGGGCGGAGUGCUACUGCUAGUUCCGAGCCGAUGGACCCCAGCGGUUACGGGAGCCACGCCCAGGCCUCCUCCUCGGGGAGGGGCCUCUCCCCGUCUAGCAUGCCCUCGAGACCGAUGGGCAACGCCAUGGGAGACGGAAACAUCCCGCUGAAGCUAACCCCCAUCACUGGCCGGGUUAGCCGAGCGAAGAAGGGCAUGCCCGUCCAUACCUGUACCGAGUGUAGCAAGACGUUCACGAGGGCAGAGCAUCUCAGGCGAGUGUUUCCCAGAGAUAGGAGUGAUCCCGCUAGCGCGCUGCUAACCGUCCGCUCCAGGCGCCACCAGCUGAGUCACGCGACUCCCGGAUACUCGUGCACCUAUCCCGGUUGUGACAAGGCCUUCUAUCGAGCUGACUUGCUCCAGCGUCACGCUCACCGACACGACCAGGAUGACAAGAGGGGCACGAGUGCAGGAGGUAGCCGGCCGACGUCCGCCCCGCUAGAUGAUGGAAACUCGCCAGGCUUGAGCUAUCUGCCGCACGAUCCUUCUUCGAUGAGUGGGGGCUCGGGUUCCCGCUCCGGUAUGCCCGGAUCGUCUGAUAUCUCGUCGAGCGCUGGCUAUCCGGGCAGCUUGCCCUCCUACCAGCCGAUGGGAAACCAGCGCGGCGGAAGCGGACAGGCCCCGAUGUCCCCCCAGCAUGGCCGAUCAGACAACAGUUACCAGGCCAGCCCGGGCGCCUCUUCUCACAGCAGAUACGUCCUCAUCAGCGACCAGACUUCGGGCGUCGGGGGCUCUCCGGUCACAGGCACUGGCUAUGGGCUAGGCUUCGAACCUCGCACGUCGUCGCCUGCCUACCCCUUCAUGGAGACGGGGGUGUUGACCGCGAAUCUACCUGCCUUGACCAUCCCCGACAACAGUUUUCCUCCGGGCCUUCUUCCUACUGGUCACGACGGGUCUCCCUGGCCAUCGUCUGCCUCUGAAAGUCCCUACUCUACGCCUUCGGAAGUGGGUUACAACCAGAGGAGAAAUUUCACCCGAGGGCGCGAGUCUCCGACGUCAGACUGGCCGGGCCCUGGUCUCUACUCGUCCGGCGGCUCGCAUAGCCUCAACAGCCCGGGUGGCGGGCUUGAAGCUAUCGCUACCUCGGUAGCGCCCUUCUUUCCCUCGCCAAGCUUCGACCAGGCGCUGGGCUUGUCCAUGCUCUCGGACGAUCAUUCUUUCGUCGAGCAAACCCAGCCCUACCACCACUAUUCUUCAGUUCGUAGUCCGACCCCACCGAUUAUCUCGCUGGCCGCUCAACCGACUGAAAAUCUAGUCACCGUUGCCGCCGCAUCAUUUCCCGACGCAGCAUCCACGGGAUCUCGCCGGAAGGGUACGGCAGUCUUCCUUGGGUCACUCCAGGGUGCCACCCUUCUAACGGCGAACACCCUGGCACCGCACGUCCGGAACGCCAUCCCCAAAUACCUUGACGUAUACUGGAAGCGCUUCGACACACUCUAUCCGCUGAUCCACCGCGCAAGCGCCAAAGCCGCUGCCAACGAGGUGCUGCGUUGCGCCAUGGCUGCCGUGGCCACGCAGUUCCUCCAAGGUAGGGAGGAUCGCAUCAUCGGCAAGGAAUUGCAUGAAUUCGCCUGGAAGGAGGCCAACCUAUGCACGCAGUGGGACCUCCAGAUCAUGCAAGCGAUCCUCCUUUGCGAGUUUUACGCUCGGUUUCGCGGACGGAGUGUGCAGAGACACGCAUCGGAGCCCUUCCAGUCGCUAUACUCGAGGGUGGUCAACUUUUCAGCGCCGGACACGCUUAUCCUUGAUGCUUCAACACGCGAUGAACAAUGGAACGAAUGGAUCGAUACCGAGUCACAGCGCAGACUCUUGGCGGCUUGCUUUCUUUUGGAUGCUCACACAUCCGUGUAUUAUGAACAACACUUGAUGCGACAAUUUCCUAUAUCAAAACCUCUGAUUCCCCUAAUUCGGCCUACCGAGGAUCUCUGGGCCGCCCGAACACCGGAAGAAUGGGAGGUCCGCCUCGCCACGAGGCCAGCCAACGCGGAACCAGCCCAUCUAUCCGACGCGCCGCUCACCGCGGAACAGAUAGCCGGCGCGCCACCCCUCGACCGCGCCGUGUUUCUAGCUUCGGAAGCCCUCCGCCUACCCAAACGCCAUGACCCGUCGGUACUCGACCCGUCGAGAGAAAUAGACGAAGCUCCCGUCGAGCGCUUCAGCAGCCUCUUCCCGGGAUCAGCCGUCGCCAACACUUACCUAGCAUUGCACUACACUCCCCUCCACGACCUUCUCGCGGUCAGCGGCGACACCUGGCUCUUCUCGAAGAAGGUGGCAUUUGACGAGGUCUACCAACAACACAAGAAGCAGCUCCAGGUCUGGUGCGGUAGCUCUCACGCCGCCACCGCCGCCGGUUUCGCUGCCAAAGCUCUCCUGACUUUCCUUGAUCCCGGCGCCGCCCACGGCCAUCGCAAUACUCUAGACGGCGCAGACUCACCUUCGCAUCUUGAUGGCCGCAACGACAACUACAACAAUGGGCAAUACCGGGAUAGAAAUUGGAACAUGUCGGACAUCUCCGACUAUUGGGCCAUGUACGUAUGCACGCUCAUCUGCUGGGCACUCAGCCAGCGGGCGACUUCGACCCGGGGCUGCGGAUCCUGCUUCGACCCCGUCGGCGCUUCUUCUCACUACCACAAUCCCAGGGGAGAGCAGGAAGCGAUGCAAUGGUUGAAGACGGUGUCGAGCCUAGGAACGGAGAAGCUAUUACAGCUGCGGGGACGACGGGAGGCGAUAAGCGUGGUCGGCAUGGUGCGAAGGCGGCUCGAGAGCGAGGCUGUCGGGCGAAAGAGCCGGCUGCUCGUCGACGCCGCGGGCACGCUCGCGAAACUUGAAGAGCGCGCCGGCGACAAAUGGAUCUAG